UGCUUUCCUGCUCAUCCUGACCCAGUACCUUGUAUAUACAGUUACGUACCUGACUCACUCUUGGAAUUAUACCAAACCAGGAAUGAUAAUGGUGAUGUUAUUAUAAAAGUUCAAAAUAAUGAAUUCAAAAUUCAUAAAAAUGUAUUGGAGACUCGAUGUCCUGUACUAAAUGAACUGAUUGGCGACAGUAAUCUACUAGCUCUUGAGGAUAUUAAACCUAAAGUAUUUGAGAUGGUAGUAGAAUAUCUCUAUACAGGAUACGUCCUUAAUACUAAUGAUCAACUUGUUGACAAUGCUGAAUGCUUAUUAGAAGCUGGCCAUCGAUUUAAAUUAGAAUCUCUAAAAAAUAUCUGCAUAAGACCUUUGGCUGAGCAUUACAUCGUAAAAGAUAAUUUAGUCGAUGCUAAAAUUUUAGCAAUCCGCUGCAAAUCGGAAACUCUGAAUUUGUACCUUUGGAAUUUACACACAUUUAAUUGUAAUCAAAAAUUUCGAUACUCGAAGGAAAACAUGCCGUCUGACUAUGAACUAUGGAGAAGGGGCCCAAUCCUAGGGGGAUAUCUUACGUAUCUGGGGGAGGAAGUGAAGAAACGAGGUUUUGAUCCGCAGGAUUUAUUAGAAGAAAAAUAA